AUGGCUGGCCCCGGGCUUCAACUGUUCCCCCCACCGCCUCGUCCGAGACAGGCGAGUCCGAAUAGCAAGCAGCUUCGAACGAAGCCUCCCACUCCAGAACCUGGACAAGUGGAAAGAAUGGAUAGUGCAGCCGACUUCCACGAGCUCGUAAUCCAAGUCAAUGCAGUACCACUUUCUCCAGAUAACGAUUCAAUACCGCCUCCGCCUCCUCCUCCACCUCCACCUCCACCACCUGCUGUGGCAGCCCCACCAAGAGCACAUCUUCCAACUCUGACGAUACAAACUCCUCCUCGACACCAACGACCUGGCCCUCCACCACGGCCAAGGGAGGCAUCGCCCAAACAGCACAGUACGCUGCCUAGGAGAAGUCCUGAUCGUAGAGCCCAGUCACCACCUAUGUCUGUUCAGGAUGGCUUCAACUACAGAUCGCAGACCUCCAGCCCUGACUUGAACAGAACAGCGUCCCCAGCUUUCUCCGAAGCUGCCACACUAGUACGAGCAAACAGCACUGCCCAGCGUAAUGUCACUCCGCAACCAGAGGCUCCAAUGCGAUCGAUAUUUCCGGUAUUUGAUCCCACCAGGUCUCUUGCUCAACAAACGUACAAGCCCACCCAAGCUUCGCCGACACACAUUCCACGGACCCAAAUCAGCCGGUCUCCGUAUUCGCCUGAGUUCUACGUCCCGCAUCAUAAUAUUGCCAGCAGUGGACCGGCAAGCCCACCGCCCAAACCCUUCUUCACGCCCUCUCAUCUUCUCGACAACCUAUGGCUAGCUGCCAAUGGCCAAGAGGACCCGGCCGUGCAAAUAUACACCCUACGGAUGCAUCGAGCGACAGCUGCAAAUCCCACGAUAACAUUCGGCACCACACCAUCGUUACCUUUUUACAGCCUGGGACAGUCUAACCUUGCCGGCGGCCACGACGUCCAAAGCAUCAUGAAUGAGCUUCUUAUUCAGCGCCAUCAUCCUACACAACCGCGCGUGCUCCCCAUUGCGCAGCUGGAUCUUAUGACACCACCUCCCACUAACGCCAGUCCAAUUGCUCCUCACGAACAGGAGCCUGUAACGCUUCUCACGAGCAUCUUCCCCAAGCUAGCCGCGCUUCAGGCUCUCGACGCUGCCGCAAACUCCCCGGCCGCCUCCCACAUAGCCGUCAUGGACCCCGGCGCAACCUCUCCAGCAGCUCAGCGCCUGGCAGAGGACGUUCUCGCCGGAGCUGCACAACGCGAAUGCUGCGCCUUGACCUGGACCCGUGACCCCCCGCAACCGCAAACCAAUCCCUGGGCACAGCAGAUGCCCUCAGAAGGAACUUACCAGCUGCACCACCCCGCCUUAGGAACCUUCCCCAUCCAAAUCGAAGGCGAUUGCUCCGUCAUCAACAAGCCUUCUACGCGUCCCAUCACCGCCAUAUACGGCCACAAUAUGUCGCCCACGCCCCAUGCAGCCCACCAAAAGCCCGCCUCCAUCACCAUCCUCAACCCAUACAUUCUCUCACCAUCAUCACCUCGCGCAAACGGCUUCUCGCCUCUGCAGCCACCGCCGAGACUCGACAGUCUUGGUCGGGACACCAGACCCAUCUCCAUAACACCCAGCGAGAUGAGCGUUACGCAGCUCCCCACCACUACUGACGCCGCGCCCGACGACGCCAUGCUCGCGCGUCUAGACUUCACCAACGAUGCGCUCACGCUGAACCUCGGUGCCCUCACCCGCUUCGGAAACCCGUUCCUCGUGGACGUUGCAUGUGCCACCCUCCUCUCCGUCGCAGUUGCCGAAGGCGUACGCAGCCGGAAGUACAAGUCCGCCCAUAAUUCGACUGAGAACUUCGCACCGCCUCCAGUACCCACGUUGGACUUGGAGGGAAAACAUGAGGUGACUGAUGCAAAGGCGUUCAAAUCCGCGUUUAGAGACGGAUUCAAUGCCGUUGGCGGGAAAGUCAAGGUUCCUAAAGCGCCGGCUGAGACGCUGCGCAAAUGGAGUACGAAGUCACGGUCUAAUUCCACCGAUGAAAACGCCAGUUUCGACAAAGAUAUUGAAUUGGGCGAUUGGUACGGGCAAUCCAAAUCCAAAGCCAAAGUCAGCGCAAAGGAGAAAAAGGGAAAGAAGGAGAAGGUAGAGGAUGGGCUGCCAUUUGUAGCGCGCGCGAUUAUCACGGUUUUGACCUUUGCGUUCAAGGCAGCGGUUUUCGUGCUCAGGAUUGGAAUUAAGGUUGUUGCAGGGGUUAUUGUGAUGAUCACAAAGAAUUUUAGUCGGUUAUAG